GUCGGGUUGAAUCAGCUUGAUUUCGUCUACGCCAUGGACCCAGACGAGCGCGUGUACGGGCUGGGCGAGCAAUUUUCUUCGUACAAUCAUCGCGGGCGUCGAGUGCCCGUGAUUACGGGCGAACAAGGCAUGGGUCGCGGAGUGCAACCUUUAUCAUUCAUGUUUAAUUCCGUCUUUCCAGGGUCGGCUGGGUCCUGGCACACGACAUACACGGCGAUUCCGCAUUACAUCACGCACAAGGCGCGAUCGGUGUUUCUGACGAAUUACACCUACAGCGAGUUUGAUUUCACCGAGGAAGAAAGUGUCGUUAUUCGCGCCGCGGCUCCGAGUGGAUUGAUCACCGGACAAAUAAUCGGUGGGUCUAGCAUUCCUGACGUUUUACGGGCGUACACUGAUUAUGCCGGACGCAUGACGUCGCUUCCGGAAUGGGCGAUGAACGGCGUCAUUCUCGGCAUGACGGGUGGUCCACAGAAAGUACGUCAAGUGUACAAAACAUUGGGCGAAGGCGGUGUGAAAGUGGCUGGAUUGUGGCUCCAAGACUGGGGUGGCGUGCGCAACACGUCUAUCGGGAUUGAACGCGUGUGGUGGAAUUGGCGUCUCGACGAGACGCACUACACGGAUUGGGACGCGCUGCGAGAGGAAAUCAAACCAAACGGCACGCACCUUCUGACAUACGUCAAUACCUUCUUGAUGGAUGCGAAUUCCGACAAAGGAUUACUUUAUAGAGAGGCGAAGGAGAAAAACUACAUGGUACGCGAUGUCAAGGGUGAAGUAUAUAGACUCGGCUCGGAACCGGGCGUGACAUUCGGUUUACUCGACUUGUCCAAUCCCGAGUGCGUGGCGUGGAUAGAGGAUAUCAUUGUCGACAUGCUGGAAACGACGGGCGCGAUGGGCUGGAUGGCGGACUUUGGUGAAUAUCUCCCUUUCGACGCGGUUUUGCACUCAGGGGAGUUGCCCAUCGAAGUGCAUAAUCGUUAUCCUGAGGAUUGGGCAGAGGUGAAUCGACGAGCGAUGCGGCGAGCCGGUCUCGAGGGCACAGGUUUCUUCUGGAGCCGCAGUGCGAGUACGAAGUCCCCGAAACAUUCCGCGCUUUUCUGGCUUGGCGAUCAAAUGGUCUCAUGGGACGCGUACGACGGCAUCAAAACAGCCGUGCUCGGCGGAUUAUCAGGCGGAUUGUCCGGUCUUACGUUGACGCACAGCGACGUCGGAGGGUACACCGCCCACCCGCUCAAGCAUCGUUCGGAAGAACUCCUGAUGCGAUGGAUGGAGCUGAACGCAUUCGCCGACGCGAUUUUUCGCACACACCAAGGUAAUCGCCCGCAUCACAACGCACAGCCAUGGAACACGCCAGAGUUGGUGGAACAUUUGAAGUUUUGCGUGGAUAUUCACGUCGCGCUCAAGCCGUACAAAGUCGAGCUCAUGCGAGAGGCCCAAGCCGUGGGGCUCCCCAUGACUCGUUCGAUGAUCAUUCACUACCCAUACGACACCAACGCCGCCAAUAUCGCCACGCAAUUCCUCCUCGGACGAGACAUUCUCGUCGCCCCCGUGUUGGACAAAGGCGCCACGCACGUGCACGUUUAUCUUCCGCCCGGCGACGUGUGGGUCGACGCCUGGACGACGCAAAGAGCGCCCGUGCAGCCCGACCUCAUCGGCUCUGACGAAGGUGGCCGAGGGUCGUGGAUCACUGUUGACACUCCCAUGGGUUGGCCCGCCGCCUUCGUCCGCAAAUCC